AUGCUCGCGCCAGCGCUAGGCGCCGUCGGAUGCGGACGCGGAGGCGUGGGACUUGCACGCCCUACUCUACCCUGCUCCUUCCAAUCCGACCCUGAAGUGCUCGAGGAGGCGCUCGAGCUCGGCAUGCUCACCGGCGACGACGGGUUCCUCCAUCCUCCUGAUUCCCUCGCCGUCGCCAACAUGAGCCUCUCCACCCUCUCCCGCGCGAUCGUCCAGGUCCAGCGCCUUCUGGUUGUGAGUGGAUCCAAGAGUUCACAUGAUGCAGUAUCGUUUUGA